GCGGCGCGGCGGCGGCGGCGGGCAAGGCGCGGGCGCGGCCCUCGAGCGCGCCAACGCUCCCUCGCCGGAGCCCGCGGUGGCCCUGCGCGCGGCCCGCUCCCUGCACCGCGACCCGCACCCCGCCGGCCGAGCAUGGGCGCACGCUUCUCGCCGGGGCCCCGGGCCCGGGCCGGGCUCCUGCCGCCGCUGCUGCUGCUGCUGCUGCUCGGGCUGCUGGCCCCCGGCGCGCAGGGGGCGCGGGGCCGCGGCGGCGGCGAGAAGAACAGCUACCGCCGCACCGUCAACACCUUCUCGCAGAGCGUCAGCAGCCUGUUCGGCGAGGACAACGUGCGCGCCGCGCAGAAGUUCUUGACCCGGCUGACCGAGCGGUUCGUGUUGGGAGUGGAUAUGUUCGUGGAGACGUUGUGGAAAGUUUGGACAGAGCUCUUGGAUGUUCUUGGACUUGACGUCUCCAACCUGUCCCAGUAUUUCAGCCCGGCCUCGGUGGCCAGCAGCCCGGCCCGUGCGCUCCUGCUGGUCGGCGUCGUCCUCCUGGCCUACUGGUUCCUGUCUCUGACUCUGGGCUUCACCUUCAGCGCCCUGCACCUGGUGUUCGGCCGCUUCUUCUGGAUCGUGCGGGUCGUCCUGUUUUCCAUGUCCUGCGUGUACAUCCUGCACAAGUACGAGGGUGAGCCGGAGAACGCCGUGCUGCCCCUGUGCUUCGUGGUGGCCGUCUACUUCAUGACGGGGCCCAUGGGCUUCUACUGGCGCAGCAGCCCCAGCAGCCCCGGCGUGGAGGAGAAGCUGGAGCACCUGGAGAACCAGGUCAGACUGCUCAACAUCCGCCUCAACAGGGUGCUCGAGACCCUCGACCGCUCCAAGGACAAGUGACUGGCGGCCAGCCGGCGGGCGCCGCCUCCACCAGCGAGCUCUCUUGGAGGACAGAAGAGGAGGAGGAAACACAAAAACAAACCACCGAACCCCAAGCGAUCUUAAAUAAACAUGACUGGGCAAGAAAGUGGCGCUUUGUCAGGGUGUUUCCAGCCGCCCGCCAGCUCUUAGGACUGACGUUCCAAGAAGGAUGAAAAAGAUCGUGCGUGCAGAACGAUGCGCGGAGUGUCAUUAGUGGAAAAAAUAUUUUUUAAACAAAGGAUAUAAUCAUAUUUAGCUGUACAGUGAGAGAAAAUUUAUCUGUGCAUAGAGCAUAAAGUUAAUUUUUUCAAGCAUUGAAAUACAUCUUUUGUAAGGUUUUUUAAUAAAGGCAGAUUGAGUCGAGUUUAUUAAAACUUUACAUGGAGGGGGAGAAUAUGCUAAUUUGACAUUUUAGAAAAGUUUAAAUGCAAGCGUUUGUUUUUGCAGCUUAGGAAUUGGUGGAUGACGUCUGUGUGCGUUAGUUAUUUUCAUGUCCCAAAACUGUGAGCUUUAUUUUAUGUUAUUUUUGGUUGAUGUUGACUUAAUGAAUGUUGUCACUUCUCAAGGUGGGCAGUUGGGCCAGAGAUGACACCUGACCUCUUUUGUAUCCGAGUGACCCCCACCAAGCCCCAUCAGCCGUAUUUCUAAAUGGAGAAAUCAUUAUUUCUAGAAGACCUGAGGUUUUCUUCCUCCCUCUGUACUUUGAUGUAUUUUAACCUCAAUUUUUCGAAAAGGAAAAUGCAGGAAAGGGCAAAGAAAUGUCUACGUGAGUAAAGCACUGAAGAUACUCAAGAAUCUAUUUCAUGUCCCAAUGUCGCUGUCUGCCAGGUAGGCCCAGAUACAAAAGCCUUGGUGGGUUUUUUUCUUUGUUUCAUUUUGUUUCUGGUGGACUCAGGACCUUUGAAGGAAAACAAACAGCGGCUAACAACAUUUUCAAGUCUGUUGCUGCUUAUGAUGCAUUCUCAGCAACAAGCUGCAGCAAUACAAUAUACAAGCCUUGGAAAAGAUCUGAAUUGUUUUCCCUGAAGUCUUUACAACAUAUUUGUUGGGUGCUUGUCUGAAAUCCAUUGCAUCCUCAUUUUCAGUGGUUUCUAGGGGCAGAGGGUGGUGCACACAGAGAGGGCUCUGGCCGGGGCUGGUGGAAAUGCCCCUUUGCUAGGAGCCUGUUAGGAAGGGAAGCCCACCGCUUGCAGGACGUAGCCUUGAAGGCCGCUGGGGACUGAGGCUGUCUCUAGAGACCCCAGUCAGACUUGCUGGAACCAGACCUUAUGGGCUGGGUCUCAGUUUGGGGAAGACUUAGCUGUUUACCGAGUCUCGUGCGGAGUUUCUGUGAAGUUUCUUUUGGUUGCAAGUGUCUGGACAACAGAUACAGAUGUUUCUGAGGAUACUUCUGAAACUUCUUAAGGUGCACAUAAUGGGACCCAAACCCUCCUGGAUUUGGUUCACUUCCUAAAACACACACCUGUUCCCUAGGAUUUAACUUGAGCAGAUCUUUAUCCAUGGGCAUUUGGGAUGCAUGAUUUCUGGAUCGAAACCAGUCCAGUUUUGUCAUUUUGAUGCUUGCAGAUGAACCUAUUUUAGUGCAGCGUAUAAAUACCUUGGGGAGGUCAUCAUCAUCCUCUUUCCUUUUGUGUAUUUCACUGUCCCGUGUUCAGGUACGAAAAUAGAGCUUUGCUUUUGUUGGCCAGGGGGAGAGUGGCAUCCUGUGCACAGAGUCGGUGACUGCGGCCCUUGCCUUGGCUGCCCCGUUGUUUGUGGUCAUUGCAGGCUGCCCGAGUGUUGUCUUAGACUGUCAGCGGGCAUGGCCGAGUGUCCACUCCAUUCCUCCUUGCGCCUUCAUCCCUGAAACACGGAGGGAACUGUGUUCUCUUGAGAUCUACAUAGGACGAUCCUUUUAACUUGCAGUAAACGGAGGGAGGGACGUGUAGCCUGGGUGCUGGUGGAUUUGGACCUUAGACAUCCAUUGAAGAUCGCUGUCAAAGGAAUGUGCACCUUUUUGCUAAGUGUAGGCUCUGAAGCCAGUUUUGUAGUUAGAUCACACUCAAGUGGAAGAUGUCUUCAUUUUUAAUGAAAGAAGCUACAGUUAAGUUACUGAGUGUCACUUCAGGGCAGAACAUUAUUUGAAAUUCUGAUAGAAAUCCUAGAUGCCAGGUUUGAAGAAGUCUUGUUUUUUUAAUGCAUACAUCUCACUUUGGUUUUGGGCGUAUUCUUAACUCCAAAUAGCUGGGAUUUUACUUUCUCCUUUCCAUGGAAGCUUGUAGGGUAUUCAGCCCUCCCAUAUCUUUCUUUUUUCUCUUUUGUAUGUGGAAAAAUGUAUUUUUGUACCAUAUCUCAUACCUUGAAGAGAAAACUUUUUUAUAUCUUCAGGGCUGUAGAGUAUAUUAAUGCAGCACUUCACAGAAUGCGAUAUAAAAACAUUCUGAUGAAAACUGUGGAUCUGUUGUAAUGAAGACUCAGUUUUUAAUAUCUUAAAUUUGAUCAGUGUUAACUUCCCAAUGCUUCAGUAUCACAAUAAACACUGGCUUUACUGAGAACAGAAAAUCAUCUAGAAAAUAAAAAGGACCAACCACGCCCCAGUGCUGGGUUUGUGUGGAUGUGUUAGGGUUGAUGUUCCGGGACCUCUUCCUCGACAAAGAUGCUUUCGUGGCACGUGAGCCUUGCCUGAGCAGGCUCUCCGGUACCAGUCAGCUCUCCUUGCCUUUUGGUUCCUUUUGCUUCAGAGCUUAGCCCCCACGCCAUUUCCGGUAACAGCACAGCAGCAGAAUUCCUUGACAGCAGGCCCUUGCGCCUGGGUCGUGAUUCAUAAAGGGGAGGUGAAUGCAAUGGAAAGGCCACACAAAGCCGGUCUCACACAGGGCUCAGGAAGCAGAAACAUCAGGGAACUGGGACAAUGUCGUUAGGGCCAUGGCGGCGGGAAGUGACCAAGAGGGGCCACCCCCUAUCGGGUACUCAGUAAGAACAUGCAGGUUGGGGUCUGUAGUUGGGAAGAUUAUAAUGUGACUGUCGCACGCCUAAAGGGCUGCCUUGCAGGGAAGAUAGAAACACCUCUGGUUGCCCGUCUGGCCCUGGGACUCGGCAGAGGUGCAGAGUGGUCAAGAAUCACAGGUGUCUGAUGGCUGACACAGAACCUAGACAUUGUUAAUACAACUUGUCACUAGUGGGAAUCCUGACUUGCUUCAUUUCUGUAAUCCCUGCUACUUUCUAAGAUGUCCUUGAUAAAUGACAUCUGCCUUACUGGUUGACACCUGCUAACUUCUCCCUGAUGGGUUUCGAAUUAGCUGACUUACCCAAAAUGCCAGCCCUUGCCAUCCAACUGGUGUUUUUCUUUCUUUCCUUUCCUAAAGAAACCAGUGGGUAGUUUUAGACCAACUGGUAUUAAAAGGAAUUCCUAAGGCUGCUAAGGUGUCAACCACCCCACUCCAGCUUUUUUUUUUUAAUGCUAUGUCACCUGCAAAAAUUUUAUUUAUGGCCAUGUGAAUAGCUGGACUUUUGCUCCUCACUUGUGAAUAAUAGAAUUAUAUAUAUUUUGCAGGAUCUAAUGUAGUACCCUUAAAUGCAUAUUGGAUGACCAUCAAUGUCAUGUAUAGUAUCUGGUGUGAACAGACUUUAUUCAGCAUAUGGGAUUCUUCUGUGUUUUGUUCUUCCUUGAUAUGUAGGAGAUAACAGCAGUACCAGUUUUUUUCUUGUGGUGGCAUAAAAAAGUCGAUUGUCAUCUGCAUCAUCUGCUGAAAACCCGUGGCAGCUAAUGGUAUUAUGACCAUAUGUCCUAAUGUCUCUUUGCAGAUUUAAAGGUUUUAUUGUAGUGUCAACAUAAUAUCCGCAUGUGUGUUAAAUCUCUGAAUACCGUGUAAUUCAAUUGAUCUCUUGUGAUGGUGAUGGUGAUUAUUAGCGCACACUUAAAAUCCAGCAAAGCAAUUGUUUCCCUCUUCUUACCUGGAAAUCAUAUUUGUGAGGUAUGGUACCCAUUCUCAACUGCGUAUUCAUGGUUCAAUUCAUACUUUGUGUAUCUGGUUAUAAAUUUUGUAUAGCAUUUGCUUUGACACUUAAUAUAAAUUCAUUUGAUUUGAAUAUAAUGGUGUGUGUGUGUGUGUAUUUCAGUUCCAUGAGCCUUGGGAAGCUGAUUCUACAAAUAUCUUAUAUAGACAUAAAUGUAUCAGGCUUAUUUUCUUUUUCUUUUUUUUCUUUUUCCAAAGCAAUAUAUACAUUCCUCUUAUUUAUUAAAUCACUGGCUUUGGUGUUAUGUAGAGAUAUUUGUAGAUCUCAGAACAGAAUUACAAUAUUGUGCAAAUUACAACUUAAUAAAUGUUUAUUGUAAUUUUGUUGUACAGACUUUUAAAAUAUAUUUCAUCACUUCUAGCCAAA